UUUUCAGAUAGUGGACGGCAACGCCAAAACCGACGUUUCGAACCGUAAGGAGCCGGGAAUGUUUUGCGGCGAGAGCGAACAACCUCAGACUUUUAUGUCCGAAACGUCGUUCGUUAAGGUCGUCUUCCACGCGGAGAACUUCACAGAUCAGACGUACUUCAGCUUCGAUACGCGGGCUGAGCAGCAGCUGGUGGUUUAUCUGAGAUACGGGCAACAUCCAGAGCUCUACCCCAACAGAAGAGGGGAAGUUGUACAGGGGUCAUAUUGUGAACGAAUCUUCAGAGAUUGUCGCCUCCAAACUUGCUACGUCCAAUCCCCUGCUUAUCCAGGGGUGUACCCAAGGAACUUGCACUGCAGAUACUACCUGAACACGAGACUGCCUUUCAUCAAACUCUACAUUGAGAAUGAAGAGUUUAACAUUGACGGUCAGAGGUGCGAGAAUAUUAUGACGUGUCCGAUGAGACCCAUUUCUUCAGGCGAGGAGAAUUGUCCUUACGACUACAUAAAAAUCUACGACGGUAAAAACGAAUUCAGCCCCGUUAUAGGCACAUUCUGCGGAAUGGGCAAAUUCCCCUACUCCAUUAUUGGCACAUCGCAGGACCUUUUCGUGGAAUUCGUGUCGUCGCCUGCGGGUCCUCUCCUGAACACCGGCUUCCACUUCAACGUGGGCAACUGGCCGGGUCACGUGGACACCGCGGGCAGCCGCAACGGCACCUGCGAUUGGCUGCUGUCCUCGGACAGCCUGCGCGCCUCCGGAGACUCGGAGGGCAUCUUCUUGUCGGUGGCGCACUGGUAUCCGCCGCACACCAGCUGCACCUACCUCAUGCAGGGGGAGGAGGGGGAGAUCGUGAGGCUCUAUUUCCCAAGUUUCAGGAUAAACAGGAUAGAGUCUCCGAUCCACCCUGUAGAGGGCGACUGUGGCGAGUCCUUGACGCUAUACGACGCCUCGUGGCCCGAUGACUCAAAAAUCAUCAAAACUUUCUGUGAUACUUUCUCCAAGGCGAUGGAGAAACACGACUUCGUCUCCACGGGAAACUCUCUCUUCGUCAGAUUCGAGAGCAAGACUGGAAGUUACAGUGGGUCAUCCCUGUAUUACUGGGCCCAUUACGACUUCUUCAACAAUACCAAACUCGGUGAGGCAGUCCCUGGCAAGCAAUGCGAUGAGGUCUUCGCCUCCUGGAAACAGACCAAGGGGUGGCUGAGAUCCCCCCUCAACACCCUCAUCUACAAGCAAUCGCAGAGCAGCGAGGACGUCACGUGCCUAUACAGAUUCGUGACUGACAAGAGGCUUUUCGCCAGGAUUAUUUUGACAAUCACCAAUGUGUAUUUCAAGGAGCACCCCUACAACCCAGGUCCGUGCACCAACUGCCUCGAGGACCGCGUCGACAAACUAGUAGUAUGGGAGCCGCUCCCACCGGGCUCCAACGCCUCCCACCCUCCCAUCACGCUCGACAAGGCCGCCCAGAACGGCGGGGUCACGUGUCUGUGCAACAGGCAGGCCUUCGCCACUCAAAUAGUGUCCAAGGGGGAGCAGCUGAACUUGCAGCUGAUCGUGGACAGCGCCCACAGCGCCAUGAGCUACUUCAAGCACGCAGCUUCGCUCUUCGAAGCUACGUAUGAGUUCGUGCAUGGGCCACUGUGCGGACCAGCUGUGGUGCAGCCUGUGACAGAGGGGGAGAUUCACUAUCCUUAUUAUGAGGCUAUUGGGUAUGUGGAGCCUCCGAGGUCGAUAAGGUGCAUUUGGGAGAUCAAGGUCAACCGAGACCGCGACUUCUGGCUGCACUUCGACCGCAUCAAGUUCGCCUCCAAGUCCUGCGAUGACGGCAUCGUCGACAUCCUCCUCAAAGGGCGACCAGAGCCCUUCCUCUCCAUUUGCGGAGAAAAUGUCUCCCUGGCCAAGGAACUGCCCAUUCUCUCUGCCAGCGAGCUCAGUCCCGAUGGGUCAGAGCCUAGCGUGACCAUUCAGUUUGUCGGGCGGACGUCUCCUACUAGGGCGGCCUUCAAGGUUGCAUGGACCGAGAUGUUCCACCUGCCCAGGAAUGUCGAUGGGACGCUGAUGUCCUCUAGACUGACGGAGGGCGGCCAUCCUGAUGACGUCAUGGGAGACGGGUGCGAAUUCGCCUGUCCAGGGGAGAAGGACCUCUGCAUCCCUGCGAGGCUGGUGUGCAACGGGGUAGUCAACUGCCCCAACGUCUCUGACUAUAAAGGCACUGCUUUCAGCGACGAAGCAACGGAACUGUGCGUGAAGGAAACGACGCCGGAAAUCAACUGGGCGUACGUUUGGGCGGCUGCCGUCGCGACGCUGCUAUUGACGUGCUUCGGCUGCGUCUGCAUGUGCAGGCGGUGUUGCCGGUACUGCUGCAGGGACGACGAUUGA